UUUGGAACGACCGACUCCGCCACGAAAAACGUCACGGUCCAGUUUCCUGGCGCUGAUCGCAUCACUUUCUGGUGCCGAAGAGAGGACGAGGCUAUGCCAGCUCCAGGACACGCCUGGUGCUCUAUCCUUCUGGUGCGACGUGGUCUGGGCCUCACUGUCCAUCGUCGUCGCCUUCCGUGCAGCGUGCUGCCACGGACGACUCGAGCCGACAGUGAAGACGUAGGACCACAGGCGCAGGCGGUGUUCUGCGACUCGGACGUUUCCGUGGCCUUCCCGACGCUCCAGGCGCCCUUUCUCGAUCCUCAGAAGGCGCGGAGGAAGCGCCAGCAUUGUCUUGCCCUGUGGUUCGCGCAAAUGUCUGCAGUCGUCUCGUUCGUGGUGGCAGCGCUGGUCGCCCUCACGCACAUCCUCAGAGAAGCGACUGCCAGUGGAAGCACGUGAUGCUGGCCGAUCGCUGUGCUUCGACGGCGACGACGAUGACGACGAUGGCCGAGGCCGAGACGGCGUCCCAAACGUCGCCAAGUGCCAUCGACCGGCGUGGCCUGUAGGGCGCCGCCACUGGCGCUUUGAAGAUUUAUUUAUUUAACGUACAUAUUAGAUUAUAGAAAUUACUUCUUUUUUUCGUCUAUACCGCACCGCGGUAAACAUGUUUUGCGAA